ACAUGAAAAGCACAGUAACGAGCGCCAUCUGAGAAACGAGCGUUGGGCCUGGCCUUCUAUCGACAGCGACGGCAGGAAUCCUCCUCGCCUCCGGCUCCUCCUUCACGUCACCGCCUCGAUCUGCCCGCCCGCUCGCCUCACGCGCCGAAUCCGGAGCGGCGUCCUGCACCCGCGCCGCCCCGCCCCGCCCCGCCUCACUGCGUGACCCGCCGUCCGUCCUCCCCCCUGCCAGAUCCAGGCGGCGGGGUCGUCCCCGCAGGUGCUCUGCGGUCCAUCAGUUUUCAGCAAACAUCUUUGGGAUACCAAAUUUGUUGUUAUUCUAGAAGAGGAAAUAUGCAGGCAUCAAGAGCUAGGCUUUUCAAGGAGUACAAGGAGGUGCAGCGAGAGAAAUCAGCUGAUCCUGAUAUUCAGUUGAUAUGUGAUGAUUCAAACAUAUUCAAGUGGACUGCUCUCAUCAAGGGACCCUCGGAGACUCCUUAUGAAGGUGGUGUCUUCCAGCUUGCCUUUGCUAUCCCAGAGCAAUACCCUCUGCUACCUCCUCAAGUUCGGUUCUUGACUAGAAUUUUCCAUCCAAAUGUUCACUUCAAGACUGGUGAAAUUUGCUUGGAUAUCUUGAAGAAUGCAUGGAGCCCUGCAUGGACCCUUCAAUCAGUUUGUAGAGCCAUAAUUGCACUGAUGGCUCAUCCGGAGCCAGACAGCCCACUUAACUGUGACUCAGGUAAUCUCCUACGAUCUGGCGACAUCAGAGGUUUUCAAUCAAUGGCAAAAAUGUAUACAAAGCUUGCUGCAAUGCCAAAGAAAAACUAAUAACGCUGACAUGAUGUAAAUGUAACAUGUGAGGCCAUGGGGUAUGCCUUCAUCAAAGCUCUGAUGUUGUCGUCAACUGUGUCUGGAGUUGUGUUGUAUCUGUUUAUUGACCACUUGGUUGAAUUUGAUGCUAGGGAAUUGCCCCGGUGGUGUUUGUCUUGGUAUAAGAAACCAUCUGCAACUGGCCUACUGUAUUUCUUCCUUUUGUCUACUCAAACCUCGCAUCUUUUAAACUGA